AUGGCGCACCUGUGGCUGCUGGGGAGCUGGAGCCUCUGGGGGCUCCUCCUGGGCGGCGCCGGGCCCCGUGCAGAUUGUUCUAAAGUAGUUCCCAAAGUCACAGAAAUAAUACCCAAGUAUGGCAGUAUAAAUGGAGCAACGAGGCUGACUAUCAAAGGAGAAGGUUUUGCUCAAGCAAAUGAAUUUAAUUAUGGAAUUGAUAAUGCUGAAUUGGGAAACAGUGUACAAUUAGUUUCUUCUUUUCGAUCAAUUUCCUGCGAUGUAGAAAAAGAUUCAAGUCAUUCAACUCAAAUUACAUGCUAUACCAGAGCAAUGCCAGAAGAUUCCUAUACUGUUCGAGUCAGUGUGGAUGGAAUUCCCAUUUCAGAAAAUAAUACUUGUAAAGGUCACAUUAACAGCCAUGCAUGCAGCUUCAAUGCAAAAUAUUUCAGAACACCUACAAUAAGGAGCAUUACUCCUUUAUCUGGGACUCCAGGUACUUUAAUAACAAUCCAAGGCAGAAUCUUCACUGAUGUCUAUGGAAGUAAUAUUGCACUAAGUUCAAAUGGGAGAAAUGUGAGGAUUUUGAGAGUUUAUAUUGGAGGCAUGCCUUGUGAACUGCUUAUUCCUCAAUCAGAUCACCUGUAUGGUUUAAAGUUAGAAAACCCCAAUGGAGACAUGGGUUCUAUGAUUUGUAAGACAACUGGAACUUACGUUGGUCAUCACAAUGUCAGCUUCAUCUUAGAUAGUGAUUAUGGGAGGAGUUUUCCAGAAAAAAUGGCAUAUUUUGUUUCUUCUCUCAAUAAAAUUUCAAUGUUCCAAACCUAUGCAGAGGUCACUAAGAUUUCACCUUCCCAAGGCAGCCUUCGAGGUGGCACAACAUUGACGAUCAGUGGGUUCUUCUUUGAUCAGACGGAUUUCCCAGUACGAGUGCUCCUUGGAGGUCAAACUUGUGAUAUUUUGAAUGUCACAGAAGACAGUAUAUAUUGCAAGACACCCCCAAAACCUGAUCAUCUGAGAGUUAUAUAUCCAGGUGGGAGAGGCUUAAAACUUGAGGUAUGGAAUAACAGUCGUCCAGAGCAUUUGGAAGAGAUACUUGAAUACAAUGAAGAAACUCCAGGGUACAUAGGUGCUAGUUGGGUAGAUUCAGCUUCCUAUAGAUGGCCCCUCGAAUACGACACAUUUGUCGCACGUUUCAGUGGAUUUUUGGUGGCUCCAGAGUCUGAUGUGUAUAGAUUCUACAUCAAAGGUGAUGACCGGUAUGCUAUUUAUUUUAGCCAGACUGGACUUCCAGAAGAUAAGGUGAAGAUUGCAUAUCAUUCUUCCAAUGCCAACAGCUAUUUUUCCAGUUCAACACAAAGGUCAGAUGACAUUUAUCUUCAGAAAGGAAAAGAAUACUACAUCGAAAUCUUGCUGCAGGAGUUCAGGCUCAGUGCUUUUGUUGAUGUUGGAUUGUACCAGUAUCAAAAUGUAUAUACUGAAAAACAAACAGAAGAUGCAGUUAAUGAAGAACAAGUUAUCAAAAUCCAGGCAGCGGUAGUUCAGGAAAUGCAGGUUGUAACAUUGGAAAACUGGAGAACAACCAAAGCUACCAAGGAAGUUCAGAAGAUCACAGUAACCAGCCCAUGUUUAGAAGCUCAUUCAUGUUCACACCAUCAGUACAGAUUAAUCUAUAAAAUGGAAAAAACUGUCUUGAUACCAGCUGAUGCUUCUGAUUCCCUGCUGCAAUCAGCCUUGAAUGACCUUUGGUCUAUCAAACCGGAUACAGUUCAAGUAACAAGGACACAAUACCCUCAAAGCUAUAUUUACACAGUAACCUUUUUAUCCACUAGAGGAGAUUUUGAUAUGCUUGGCUAUGAAGUAUUUGAAGGGAAUCAUGUCACACUAGAUAUUAUAGAACAAACCAAAGGAGAACCUAGUUUGGACACAUAUACACUGAACUGGGAUGGGAUUGUUUCAACACCUCUGACUCCUUGGUCAUCGGAAGCUGAAUUUCAGAAAGCAAUAGAAGAAAUGGUUUCUACUAAGUGCCCAUCAUACAUUUCAAAUGUUGAAGAAGGCUUUGCUGUGAAGUACUUCAGAGACUAUGAAACAGAUUUUAAUAUGGAACAUAUUAAUCGAGGGCAGAAGACAGCUGAGACUGCUGCUUACUGUGGUCGUUAUUCCCUGAAAAACCCAGCUGUUCUUUUUGACUCAGCAGAUGUUAAACCAAACAGACUACCAUAUGGAGACGUUUUAUUAUUUUCUUAUAAUCAGCUAUGUUUAGCAUACAAAGGAUUCCUGAAAAAUUAUAUUGGCCUAAAAUUCCAGUACCAAGAUAAAAAGAAGAUUACUAGAAACAUUGAUAUACAAUUUUCAUAUAACUUUGCUUAUGGAAACAACUGGACCUAUACUUGCAUAGACCUUCUGGAUCUCAUACAAACCAAAUAUUCUGGGACAAAUUUUUCUCUUCAGAGGAUUAAUUUACAGAAAUUAUCUGAAUCACAAUCCUUCUACGUGGAUACAGUAUACAUAGGUCAGACAUCUACAAUCUCAACAUGGGAUGAAAUUCCAAAGAGAAGACUUCCAGCAUUAGCAAACAAAGGAAUAUUUUUUAAGCAUUUCCAGGUGAAUCAGACCAAAAAUCUUGGGCCAACAGUAGCAAACCAAUAUUCUAUCAUCAUGACUUCCUAUAACUGCAGUUAUAAUAUACCCAUGAUGGCUGUGGAUUUUGCACAGGUGAUCACAAAGGAGACAGAGAAUGAGUCUGUUUACAGAGGGAAUAAUUGGCCGGGGGAGGCAAGGAUUCGUGUUCAAAGAAUUUAUGCAGCAUCUCCCCCUAUAACUGGCAGCUUUGACAUUCAAGCUUAUGGACAUGUUCUCAAAGGUCUCCCUGCUGAUGUUUCAGCCACAGCUUUACAGUUUGCUCUCCAGAGUCUAAAAGAAGUGGGACAAGUCUCAGUUACACGAGAGGGAACCUGUGCUGGGUAUUCCUGGAACAUCAAGUGGAGAAGCACAUGUGGAAGGCAGAAUAUUUUACAGAUUAAUGAUUCCAACAUUAUUGGAGAGAAGGUUAAUAUGACUGUUACAAGGAUAAAGGAAGGUGGCUUAUUCAGAAAACAUAUACUUGGAGACCUUCUUCGUACACCUAGCCAAACACCCCAGGUUGAAGUUUAUGUCAAUGAAAUUCCUGCUACCUGUUCCGGUGACUGUGCAUUUACAUGGGAUCCUCUAGCCACUCCUUUAAUCUCUAGUAUUAGCCCUUCUCAAGGGUCCUAUGAAGAAAGCACAAUUCUAACCAUCAUUGGCUCUGGAUUUUCUCCUGAUUCAUCAAUAUCAGUCUCAAUUGGACCAAUAAGUUGCCCUCUUAUUUCUGUGAAUGAGGGUGAGAUCCAGUGUCAAAUUCAGAAUGGAAGUGCUGGACUUUUCCCAGUGGCAGUGCUCAUCGGUGAUGUCGGAUUCGCUCAGGGUAUAGAGGGGGAGCUAUUCCACUUCAUGUAUCAGAGUGAGAUCUCACACCUUUGGCCUGCUUCUGGGAGCCUUGCAGGUGGCACUCUUUUGACUCUCUCUGGAUUUGGCUUUAAUGAAAAUUCAAAAGUAUUAGUUGGCACUGAUGCCUGCAUUGUGAUGGAAGCGGCUUUGAAUAAGAUAACCUGCAGAACACCAAAAAGAUCUGAGGGCACAGUUGAUAUUUCAGUCAUUACCAAUGGAUUUCAAACCACAGCAAAAGAUGCUUAUAGUUAUAAUUGUUUACAUACUCCAGUUAUAACUGAUUUUAGUCCAAAAGUACGACCAAUACUAGGAGAAGUUAAUCUAACAAUUAAGGGUUAUAAUUUUGGAAAUGAACUGACACAAAACAUGGAAGUGUAUGUUGGAGAAAAAUCCUGCAAGAGUCUUCACUGGAAUUUUACAGAUAUUAGAUGCCUUUUGCCCACACUGUCUCCAGGAAGACAUGCUAUCAAUGUUGAAGUCAAAGAAUGGGGCUUUGCAUCAACAAGAGACAAAUUAAAUACUUCUUCUAUACAGUAUAUUUUGGAAGUGACUAAUAUGUUUCCACAGAGAGGCUCCUUGUAUGGUGGAACUGAAAUCACUUUAAUGGGUUCAGGAUUCAGCACAAUUCCGACUGAGAACUCUGUGCUCUUAGGACCUUUCCCUUGCAGUGUGACAUCAUCAUCUGAAAAUGUCAUUAAGUGCAUUCUUCAUUCAACAGGGAGUAUAUUUAGAAUAACCAACAAUGGGCAAGAUCCAGUCCUUGGAUUAGGUUAUGCCUGGUCACCUGCAGUGCUUAACAUCUCUGUGGGAGAUACAGUAACAUGGCAGUGGGAAGCACCCCCAUAUCUUAGGGGAAUAGGAUACAGAGUUUUCUCCGUCUCCAGUCCUGGGAGUGUGGUUUAUGACGGUAAAGGGUUUACGAAUGGAAGAGAAACAUCUACAUCAGGCUCAUUUUCUUACCAGUUUACUUCACCCGGGACCUAUUAUUACAGCAGUGGGUAUGUGGAUGGGAUGCACUCCGUGUCUCUCCAAGGAGUCAUUAUGGUUCUACCGGUUGAAACCAGACACAUUGCCUUGCGCCUGUUUGUGGGUACUACUGAAGCCACUUAUGCUCAGGGAAAACCUAUGGAUUUACACUUGAAAAGCUCUGUAGAAAACUGCCUACCAAUGGAAUCCUUCUGUGGAUCGAACAAUGCCAGGGUUGAAAUUUCAGACAGAUUUGUCUUUGAGCUCUCAAGUUGUUCUUCACCAUCAAUCAGCCACAUUAGUCCAACUGUUGGAACUGUUAAUGAAUUGAUAACAAUUUCUGGCCGUGGUUUCAGUAAUCUCACUUGUGCCAAUAAGGUUACAAUUGGUGGUCACCCUUGUGUUGUGGAAGAAAGUCAAGACAAUUCCAUUAUGUGUCAUAUUGAUCCUCAAAAUUCAAUGGAUGUUGGCGUCAGAGAAAUGGUCUCUGUCACUGUUUACAACUUAGGCACUGCUAUCAGCACAGCAUCCCACGAAUUCGAUAGGCGAUUCGUUCUUUUGCCAAGCAUUGACAUGUUGUUGCCAGAUUCAGGGUCCACUACAGGUAUGACCAAAGUGACCAUCAGAGGCUCUGGAUUCUCCGUUUCCUCUGAGAAUGUGGAAGUCUUUCUGGGUCAUUUUCCCUGUAAAGUUCUCUCUGUGAAUUAUACAACCAUUGAAUGUGAGACAUCUCCUGCUCCCCAGCAACUGGUGAAAGUGACUCUUCUAGUACAUGGAGUGCCCGCUGAGUGUCAAGGCAACUGCAGCUUUUCAUAUUUAGAAAGCAUCACUGCUCUCAUCACAAGAAUCUCCCCAAACUCUAUUAUGGGCUCCGAAAAUGUUCUUAUUGAAGGAGAAGGCUUUGGCACUAAUUUGGAAGACAUCACUGUUGCCAUUGGAGACCAACUGUUCAGAGCAGUGUCGGUCAAUGACAACAACAUCACUGUGUUCGUGACUCCGCUCCCAGCUGGGUUUCAUGCUGUGCGUGUUGUGGUGAGCCCUAAAGGGUUGGCCCUGGGAAACUUGACCAUCAGCAGCCCUGCCUUGGCAUCUGUCACACCUGCUUCUGGAAGCCUUGGUGGGGGGACUAUUUUGGCCAUCACAGGAAAUGGUUUCUUCCCAGGAAAAACCACGGUGACUGUUGGGAAUGACCCUUGCCAAAUUCUUGCUAUCAACUCUAGUGAAAUCUACUGCCGCAGUCCAGCUGGAACAGCUGGAAACGUCAGUGUGGAGAUCACUGUGAAUGCAGUUGCUUAUUCACCAUUGUCAUUUACCUAUGCCAUGGAGGAAACUCCCAUUCUCAGAGCAAUUGUCCCCAGUAAAGGUCCACCAGGAACUGAAAUUCAGAUCACUGGAUCUAAUUUUGGUGUAGAUGCCUUGGACAUUGCAGUACUGAUAAAUAACGUUCAGUGUAAUGUAACCAUGGUCAAUGAUAGUGUGUUGCAGUGUAUCGUUGGAUAUCAUCCUGGCGGCACUUUUCCUGUUCUCCUGUAUCAUAAGACAAAAGGCUCUGCUGUGUCGACAGUGGCAUACGAAUAUCCACUCACUAUUCAAAAUAUUCAUCCGAGCCAAGGAAGCUUUGGAGGCGGCCAAACCCUAACUGUGACAGGCAGUGGGUUUAAUCCCCAACGUUCUGUUAUAUUCGUAUGUGACUCGGUGUGCGCAGUGGACAGGCUUAAAUCUGACGGCGAAACAUUGCUGUGUCGAAUCCCAUCUCAAAGUGGUAAGGGACCUGAACAAGCCUGUGAAGUGACAGUGGCCAAUGGGAAGGAUCGGUCACAGUCUCCUGUCCUGUUUAUGUACUCCAUGUCCCUGACACCACUCAUCACCGUAAUCACUCCCACAAGAGGCACCACAGCCGGAGGAACAAAGCUGACAGUGACAGGAGCAGGGUUCAGUGAAAAUAUGCAGGAUGUCCAGGUCACUAUAGGUGAUGCCAAAUGUAAUGUUGAGUAUUCCAACAAGACUUGUAUCAUCUGUUUGACAAAUUCUCACAGUUCUUCAGGGAAGGUUCCAGUUCAUGUUGACAUCAGAGGCAUCGGUCUAGCCAAACUGGAUAAUGCUGACUUCCUGUAUGUCGAUGCUUGGUCCUCCAACUUUUCAUGGGGAGGAAAGGCUCCACCAGAGGAAGGAUCACUAGUUGUUAUCACAAAAGGACAAACCAUUUUGCUGGAUCAAAAUACCCCCAUCUUGAAAAUGUUGCUUAUUCAGGGUGGGACUCUAAUUUUUGAUGAAGCUGACAUUGAACUCCAAGCAGAAAAUAUUCUAAUUACAGAUGGAGGCAUCCUUCAGAUUGGGACAGAAGUGUCUCCGUUUCAGCACAAGGCCAUCAUUACUUUGCAUGGACACCUCCGCUCUCCUGAACUCCCAGUAUAUGGAGCCAAAACAUUAGCUGUGCGAGAGGGGACCCUGGAUCUGCAUGGUAUACCAAUUCCUGUGAUCUGGACUCGUUUGGCUUCUACUGCAAAGGCUGGGGAUAAAACUUUGAUUUUGCAAGAAGCAGUGACAUGGAAAACAGGAGAUAAGAUUAUAAUUGCAAGCACUGGACACAGACAUAGUCAACGAGAGAAUGAACAAAGGACCAUUGCAUCUGUAUCUGCUGAUGGCACAAACAUAACAUUGGCUGAUCCACUGAAUUAUACACACUUAGGAAUCACUGUCACACUCCCUGAUGGAACGCUGUUUGAGGCAAGAGCAGAAGUUGGAAUUCUUACAAGAAAUAUUUUGAUAAGAGGAUCCAAUAACAUGGAGUGGGAUAACAAAAUUCCAGCAUGCCCAGAUGGAUUUGACACAGGUGAAUUUGCUACACAGACUUGUUUCCAAGGAAAGUUUGGAGAAGAAUUAGGAAGUGAUCAAUUUGGUGGUUGCAUAAUGUUUCAUGCUCCAGUACCUGGAGCUAACAUGGUGAUUGGAAGAUUAGAAUAUGUGGAGAUAUCCCAUGCUGGCCAGGCUUUCCGGUUGGGACGGUAUCCAAUACACUGGCAUCUGCUUGGAGAUUUACAGUUUAAAUCUUACGUGAAGGGCUGUGCAAUUCACCGAACCUAUAACAGAGCCAUUACUAUUCAUAACACACAUCACCUUCUAGUUGAGAGAAAUAUUAUCUAUGACAUCAAGGGAGGAGCAUUUUUUAUAGAAGAUGGUAUUGAACAUGGCAAUAUCCUUCAAUAUAACUUGGCAAUAUUUGUCCAGCAAAGUACAAGUCUUUUGAACGACGAUGUGACCCCCGCCGCAUUUUGGGUCACCAACCCAAACAAUACCAUAAGGCAUAAUGCAGUUGCUGGAGGCACUCACUUUGGCUUUUGGUAUAGAAUGAAUAAUCACCCUGAUGGACCAUCAUUUGACCGAAACAUUUGCCAAAAAAGAGUUCCUCUUGGAGAAUUUUUUAACAACACUGUUCACUCUCAAGGCUGGUUUGGAUUAUGGAUAUUUGAGGAAUAUUUCCCCAUGCAGACAGGAUCUUGUACAUCCACAGUCCCAGUCCCUGCAGUAUUCAACUCACUCACUACUUGGAAUUGUAAAAAAGGAGCUGAAUGGGUCAAUGGAGGUUCCCUUCAAUUCCAUAACUUUGUGAUGGUAAAUAAUUACGAGGCUGGCAUCGAGACCAAAAGGAUCCUGGCUCCGUAUGUUGGAGGAUGGGGUGAAACCAAUGGUGCAAUGAUUAAAAAUGCCAAAAUCGUUGGUCAUCUUGAUGAGCUGGAAAUAGAGCCUACAUUUUGUACUCUGAAAGGUCUGGUUCUCCCAUUUAGUGAAGGCUUGACUGUAUCCUCCGUGCACUUUAUGAACUUUGACCGUCCCAACUGUGUAGCUUUGGGAGUGACAUCUAUCACGGGAGUUUGUAAUGAGAGAUGUGGAGGAUGGAGUGCAAAAUUUGUUGACAUUCAGUAUUUUAAUGUAUCCAACAAGGCCGGUUUCCGCUGGGAACAUGAAGCGGUACUCAUUGAUAUUGAUGGCUCACUUACAGGUCGCAAAGGACAUACUGUCAUUCCAUACAGUUCCUUGUUGGAUCCUUCUCACUGUACUCCAGAGGCCGAAUGGAGCUUUGGGUUCCCUGGGUCUGUCUGUGAUGCUUCAGUUAGUUUCCACCGUUUAGCAUUCAACAAGCCUUCUCCAGUAUCUCUGCUUGAAAAGGAUGUUGUUCUUUCAGAUUCUUUUGGCACAAGCAUUAUUCCCUUUCAGAAGAAACGGCUAACACACAUGUCGGGAUGGAUGGCUUUGAUUCCAAAUGCCAAGCACAUUAAUUGGUACUUUAAAGAUGUUGAACAUAUAACCAAUAUAUCAUAUACAUCUACAUUUUAUGGAUUUAAGGAAGAAGAUUAUGUAAUCAUAUCUCAUAACUUCACUCAAAAUCCUCAUAUGUUUAAUGUUAUUGAUAUGAGAAAUGGCUCUGCAAAUCCAUUGGAUUGGAACACAAGCAAGAAUGGAGACUGGCACCUUGAGGCAAACACUAGUACUUUAUAUUAUUUGGUGUCAGGUCGAAAUGAGCUUCCUCAGAACCAACCCAUUUCUGGCACCCUGGAUCCUGCUGUCAAGGAUGUUGUGAUUAAUUUCCAGGCUUACUGCUGCAUUUUGCAAGAUUGCUUUCCUGUUCAUCCCUCAUCAAGCAAACCAGUUCCCAGGACGCGACCAGCCACAUAUAACUUAUGGUCAAAUAAUUCCUUCUGGCAAUCAUCUCCAGAAAAUAAUUACACUCUACCACAUCCAGGAGCAAAUGUGAUUAUUCCUGAAGGAACAUGGAUCGUUGCAGAUACAGAUAUUCCACCAAUGGAAAGGCUUAUAAUUUGGGGGGUUCUAGAACUAGAAGAUAAAAGAAAUGUGGAAGAUACAGAAACUUACCGAAAAGUCGUUUUGAAUGCUACCUAUAUAUCAAUACAGGGAGGUAGAUUAAUUGGUGGCUGGGAAGAUAAUCCCUUUAAGGGAGAAUUACAGAUUGUCCUUAGAGGAAAUUAUUCUACUCCUGAAUGGCCUCUUCCAGAAGGACCCAAUCAAGGGUCUAAAGUCUUAGGGGUCUUUGGUGAGCUGGACCUUCAUGGAAUUCCACAUGUAGUGUAUAAAACUAAACUCUCAGAAAUGGCAGAGUCAGGUUCCAAAAUCCUCUCUCUGAUGGAUGCUGUGGAUUGGCAGGAAGGAGAUGAGAUUGUGAUAACAACCACAAGCUAUGAUUUCCACCAGACAGAAACGAGAAGUAUUGUCAAAAUUCUGCAUGACCACAAAAUUCUCAUUCUCAAUGAAACUCUUUCCUAUACUCACCUUGCUGAAAGACACCAAGUUCCUGAAGCAGGUCAGAGCUAUACUUUAGCAGCUGAUGUGGGGCUGCUGAGUAGAAACAUCAAAAUACUUGGUGAAGAUUAUCCAGGUUGGUUCAAGGAAUCUUUUGGUGCACAUGUCCUGGUCAGCUCAUUCACUCAAAAUAUGAUGACAUUUAAAGGAAAUGCAAGAAUAAGUAAUGUGGAAUUUUAUCACAGUGGGCAAGAAGCUUUUAGGGAUAGUAAAGAUCCAAGAUAUGCAGUAACAUUUCUUAACCUAGGAAAGAAUGAUGAGCAUGGUUCAUCUUAUAUACGAGGCUGUGCUUUUCACCAUGGCUUUUCUCCAGCAAUUGGCGUGUUUGGGACAGAUGAAGUCGACAUAGAUGAUAAUAUUAUUUACUUUACAGUGGGAGAAGGCAUAAGAAUAUGGGGUGAUGCCAACAGAGUUCGAGGAAAUUUGGUUGCACUUUCUGUUUGGCCGGGAACCUAUCAGAACAGGAAAGAUCAAAGUUCAACUCUCUGGCAUGCAGCAAUUGAGAUAAAUCGAGGUACAAAUACAGUCUUACAAAAUAACAUAGUAGCUGGUUUUGGAAGGGUUGGUUAUCGCAUCGAUGGUGAACCGUGCUCAAGUUCAUCUAAUCACAUGGAAAAGUGGUUUAACAAUGAAGCCCAUGGAGGAUUAUAUGGCAUUUAUAUGAAUGAAGAUGGCCUUCCUGGGUGUUCUCUAAUACAGGGCUUUACCAUUUGGUCAUGCUGGGACUAUGGAAUUUAUUUUCAGACCACAGAGACUGUGCAUAUCUACAAUGUGACACUGGUCAACAAUGGGAUGGCUAUUUCCUCAAUGGUCUAUAUGCCAACAGCCAUAUCUCACAAAAUUUCCAGUAAAAUAGUGCAAGUUAAGAACUCAUUAAUUGUUGGGAGUAGUCCUGAAUUUAAUUGCUCUGAUGUCCUAACUAACGAUGAUCCCAAUAUUGAACUUUCUGCUUCCCAUAGAAGUUCUCGACCUCCGUCAGGUGGUAGAAGUGGUAUUUGCUGGCCUACAUUUGCUUCAGCACAUAACAUGGCACCCCGGAAACCUCACGCUGGAAUUAUGAGCUACAAUGCCAUCAGUGGUCUCUUGGACAUUUCAGGUUCAACAUUUGUUGGGUUUAAGAAUGUUUGUUCAGGUGAAACCAAUGUGGUAUUUAUAACUAAUCCUUUAAAUGAAGAUCUACAACACCCAAUUCAUGUCAAGAACAUACAACUGGUUGAUACUACUGAACAAUCAAAGAUAUUUAUACAUAGGCCUGAUAUAAGUAAAGUGAAUCCAUCUGAUUGUGUAGACAUGGUUUGCGAUGCCAAAAGGAAAUCUUUGCUUAGAGAUAUGGAUGGCUCCUUUCUCGGGAUUUCUGGCUCAGUGAUACCUCAAGCAGAAUAUGAAUGGAAUGGAAAUAGCCAAUUUGGAAUUGGAGACUACAGAAUUCCCAAUGUGAUGCUCACAUCUCCGAAUGGAAGUAGAAUCCCUAUCACUGAAAAAGCACCGUACAAAGGGAUUAUUAGGGAUUCUACCUGUAAAUACAUUCCAGAAUGGCAGAGCUAUCGAUGUUUUGGGAUGGAAUAUGCAAUGAUGGUUAUUGAAAGCCUCGAUUCUGACACAGAAACUCGAAGACUGUCUCCUGUGGCUAUAGUGAGCAAUGGUUAUGUUGAUCUCAUUAGUGGCCCACAGGAUCAUGGCUGGUGUGCUGGAUACACAUGCCAGAGAAGACUGUCCCUGUUCCAUAGCAUUGUGGCUCUGAACAAAUCUUAUGAAGUUUACUUCACUGGCACCAGUCCUCAGAAUCUUCGCUUGAUGUUACUUAAUGUUGAUCAUAGCAAGGCUGUUUGGGUUGGAAUUUUUUUCCCUACACUUCAGCGUUUGGAUGUCUAUGUGAACAAUGUUUUGGUCUGCCCCAAAAAUACAGUAUGGAACUCCCAACAAAAAUACUGUGAACUAAAUAGACAUCUAUACUCAGGCCAGCUUCUGCCCAACCUGAAUUCUACCAUUCUUGGAGAAAACUAUUUUGAUAGAACCUACCAGAUGCUUUAUCUUUUGAUUAAAGGAACUAUUCCUGUUGAAAUCCAUACUACAGCAGUCAUAUUUGUUUCUUUCCAAUUGCCAGCGGUAGCUGAAGAUGACUUCUAUAACUCUCAUAGUCUGGUUAGAAAUCUUGCUUUGUUUUUAAAGAUACCAAGUGAUAAAAUUCGGGUCAGCAGAAUCCUCCAAAGGGAGCAUCUACGGAGGAAAAGAUCCAUGAGACUCAUUGUUGAAUUGGAGAUUGGAGACCCUCCCUCUCAAUUUUUAAGCAAUGACACUACAGGCAAGAUGCACUUAUCUGAACUUCAGAAAAUUGCUGGUUCUCUUGGAGAAGCUGUAAUUUUAGGAAAAACUAUGAAUAUCCUUGGAUUUAAUAUCUCUUCCAUGUCUAUUAGCAAUCCUAUUCCGAACCCACAUGAUUCUGGCUGGAUUAAGGUGACUGCCCAGCCCGUCAAAAGGUCUGCAUUUCCUGUCCAUCAUGUGGCCCUGGUGACCUUGCUCUCAGUGAUUACUCAGCCAGUGGCAUCACAGCCAGGACAGCCAUUCUCUCAGCAGCCUUCAGUCAAGGCUGUAGAUUUGGAUGUUGGUUGUGUGUCAGUUGGAAUUACUUCACUGACAUUGAAGGCAAUAUUAAAAGAUGCCAAUAACAAGCAAAUCAGUGGUCUUAGUGGAAAUACAACAAUUCCAUUCAGCGGCUGCUGGGCCAACUACACAGACCUCACUCUAAUUAGGGCAGGAUCAAAUUUGAAGAUUGAAUUCAUACUGGAGAAUGUUGCUCAAGCAGAGUCCAAGGCCUUCAGCCUUCCCACGCAGUCUGUCUCCAUGGGUGGUGGCAGCGGCAUUGGUGGUGGUAGUGGUGGCAGUAGUGGCAGCAGCAGUAGCAAAGCAUCAACUGUGGGCCCAGCUUCCCAGAUGAUAAUGCUGGUAAUGAGCUGUCUUCUAGGAAGAGCAUUGCUCCUAGAAAUAAUUAUGGCGGCAGUCAUGAUCUUGAACAUAAUUCUAGGUAAGCACAGUUCAUUUGUUGAAUACCAUUAG